AUGGCUACCAACACAACAACCUUCGGCGCGACCAUCGUGCCCACACCAACCCGCUCCGACACACUUCUUCACCUCGACUCGCCCGCUCUCACGCCCGUUGCAUCCCGCGAUGGCUCCCAGUCCGACCCAUACUCCGCACAGCCCCCUUCGAUCCAAUCGCCCUUCUACACACAUCCACCCGCCUCCAACGAGGUCGUACCACAACACACCAAAUCCACCAGUACCUCGAUCAAGGACACCCUCGCCGUCUUCGAGAAGGACGUGGAAAGCGGUAAUGCCACUCCCCUCACCCCGGCCGACGAAGAGGACCCCUUCUCCCGCCCCAUCAAUGUCGAAUCCAACAAGGAAGACACCAUGUGGCCUUCCAAGCAGACCCUGAAGCAGAAGCGGAAAGAGGAGAGGCAGCUGAGGAGAGAUCGGAAGGGAUGUACGGGCUGCGCGCCGUUGAGGAAUCAUUGGAGUGAGAUGAGUCGAAAGCAGAGACUGGGCGUGAAGAUUGGGAUCGCGGCCUUUCUGAUCGGCGUUGCCGUUGCCUUGGGUGUGGGCAUCAGUGUGGCUGUGAAGGGCACCUACUAUGUUGCCGAUGGAAGUUCCAAGUCGAUUGGAUAG